CGUGGACCCGAAGCGACGUCGCCUCUCCAUGUUGCUGCGCCGGGCUCUGAGUGCGUGGGAGCGGAGGUCACCGCGGGCGGGCGGCCUCCUCCUGCGGACGGUCUCCUGCUGCAGCGCCCGCUGUCGGCCGGUGGCAUCGUACCGGGACACGGUGCUUCUUCCCCGGACAGAGUUCCCCAUGAAACUGACCGGACAGAAGCUGCUGGACAGAGAACUGCAGAUCCAGAAAGACUGCGGCUUCGCAGAGCUCUACUCCUGGCAGCAGAAGAGAAAAGCCAAGAAAGAGUUCUGUCUGCACGACGGGCCGCCGUACGCCAACGGAGACCCCCAUGUGGGGCACGCGCUCAACAAGAUCCUGAAGGACAUCCGCAACCGCUUUGAGAUGCUGCGCGGGCGGCAGGUGCACUACGUCCCCGGCUGGGACUGCCACGGUCUGCCCAUCGAGCUGAAGGCCCUGGGCCAGGCGGGGCCCGGGGGCCUCAGUCCACUGCAGAUCCGACAGAAAGCUCGGAAGUUUGCGGAGGCGGCGGCGGCUCGGCAGAAGGCGGCGUUUCAGCGCUGGGGGGUGAUGGCCGACUGGGACCACUGCUACUACACCUACGACGGCUCCUACGAGGCGGCGCAGCUCAAGGUCUUCCAGGAGAUGCACAGCAAGAGCCUCAUCUACCAGGACUACAAGCCCGUCUUCUGGUCUCCGUCGAGCAGGACGGCUCUGGCCGAGGCCGAGCUGGAGUACAACCCCGAGCACGUGAGCCGCGCCGUGUACGCCGCCUUCCCGCUCCUCAGGGCCCCGGCGCCGCUGAGCCAAGCAGAGGGGGCCUCCGUGCUGGUGUGGACCACCCAGCCCUGGACCAUCCCAGCCAACCAGGCGCUGUGCUACAUGCCCAACGCUCAGUACUCGCUGGUGAGGAGGAAGGACAGCGGGCGGCUGCUGCUCCUGGCCAGUGAGCGCAGCGCCAGCAUGGCUGCUCUGCUGCAGACGGAGCUGGAGCUGGUGCACUCCCUGCCAGGCUCGCAGCUGGAGGGCGCCGUCUGCCAACACCCCACCAUCGCUGACAGGCAGGUGCCGCUGCUGCCCGCCAACCAUGUGACCAUGGGCAAGGGGACGGGCUUGGUCCACACGGCGCCGGCGCACGGCAUGGAGGACUAUGGCGUAGCCGCGCAGUUCCAGCUGCCGCUGGAGUGUGUGGUGGAUGAGGAGGGCAAGUUCACCGAGCUCGCCGGAGAGCAGCUGAAGUCUCUGCCUGUGAUGGCGGAGGGCACGGAGAAAGUCAUCUCCAUGCUGAGGGAGUGCGGCGCGCUGGUGGAGGAGGAGCGCUGCGUCCACAGUUACCCCUAUGACUGGAGGAGCAAGCAGCCGGUCAUCAUCAGACCCAGCAGGCAGUGGUUCAUCAACACGGCUUCACUCAAAGACAAGGCCAAGGAGGCGCUGCAGAAGGUCCGGGUCCUGCCCGAGUCGGCGCGAGGCAGCAUGCUGGCGCAUCUGGACAGACGGACGUACUGGUGCAUCUCCAGGCAGAGGAGCUGGGGCGUCCCCAUCCCGGUCUUCUACCACAGGGAGACGGGAGAAGCGCUCAUCAACAAACACACCGUGAGCCACGUGGCCCAGCUGUUCAGGGAGAAGGGCAGCGACUGCUGGUGGGAGCUGCCGCUGGAGACUCUGCUGCCGCCGGACGUCCUGAAGAAGAGCAAAGCCGGGUCGGCGGCGGACUACGUGCGAGGAGAAGACGUGCUGGACAUCUGGUUCGACAGCGGCUCGUCCUGGGCAGCGGUUCUGGAAGAACUGGACGAAGACUCUGAGGAGGCGGAGUCCAACCUGAGCUGGCUCCCGGCCUCGCUGCGCAAGCCUCUGGCCGCAGAAGCUGACUCCAGAGCAGACGCCUAUGUGGAGGGGAAGGACCAGCUGGGCGGCUGGUUCCAGGCCUCGCUGCUCACCAGUGUGGCCGUGCGGAACAAGGCGCCGUACAAGUCCCUGGUGGUGCACGGCUUUGCUGUGAGUGAGAAGGGGGAGAAGAUGUCCAAGUCUGUGGGCAACGUGGUGGAUCCGGACGUCGUCAUCAACGGAACGAAGGACGGAGGAGGCACGGCUUACGGCGCCGACGUGAUGCGCUGGUGGGUGGCCGAGUCCAACGUGUUUUCCGAGGUUCAGGUGGGACCCGCGGCGCUGAAUUCGGCCAGGGACAACAUCAGCAAGCUCAGGAACACGCUGCGCUUCCUCCUGGGCAACGUGAGCGGCUUCGACCCCAGAACGCAGGCGGUGGAGCCCAAAGACAUGCUGUACGUGGACCAGUACCUGCUGCACCUGCUGCGGGACUUCAGCAUGAAGGUCACCGACGCCUACAGCGAGUUUGACGCCGGGCGGGUGAUCCGGCUCCUCCAGGCCUUCGUCAGCAGGGAGCUGUCCAGCUUCUACUUCAGCAUCAUCAAAGACCGGCUGUACUGCGAGCCCCGGGACUCUCUGGGCCGCAGAUCCUGCCAGACCGUGCUGGAGGAGAUCCUGGACGGGCUCACCCGAGCCGUGGCGCCCAUCCUCCCGCACCUGGCCGAGGAGGUGUACGCCCACGCGCCGGGCCACCAGGAGGGCGAGACCUUGUUCCGGAGUGGCUGGAUCAAGAGCAGUUCGGUGUGGAGGCGGCCGGGUCUGGAGGAGGCGGUGGAGGGAGCGUGCGCCAUCCGAGACUCCUUCCUGUCCUCCAUCCCGGGGAAGAACGCGGCACAGUACGAACUGACCGUGGCCAUCGAGCCAGGGCUGCUGUUCGAGCUGAUGGAGUCCCUGCAGGAGGCGCCAUCCUCCACCUGCUCGCAGCUGGCCGAGCUCAUGAUGGCGGCGCGGGUCCACCUGUGCAGCCAGUUGCCGCGGGACCUUCCGGCCGACGCCCUGCUGAGCCACGGCAGCUUCCUCAUCAACCUGGAGGGUGGCGUCAUUCGUGAGGACAGCGCAUACAGCAUCGCCGUGGUGCCAACGGCCGCCGAGCGCUGCGCGCGCUGCCGUCGCUACACUGCCGAGUCGGCAGACUGCCUGUGUCCACGCUGCCAGAGCGUUGUGGCCCCCCCGCUGACCUGAGCUCGUCGAGAUGGAAUGAAACGCUUUACAGAACUGCAUUGUCACUGUGUGACGUGGACCCCGGGGGGGGGAGGGGCUUCCGGCUGUGAGUGUGAACGUUCAUGUAAGAUAAUAAAUGAAUGAAUGAGUCUGGAGGUGUUUAUUC